AUGAUGGUAAAGGAAGAAGUUUCUAAGACUCGUAUGUCUUUAAAUUUGCCUGCAAGCUCCAAUAUUCCUGAUAAAAAUCCUGAUAAUGAGAAAAAAGUCCUGUUUAAUCCCUUUAUUUUCCUAAAAAAGGGUCAAUUUUUUAUGUUGACCUUUGGUAUCUUGUUGGCCAUUUUUAGUGGAUUAGUUCCGGUAAUUUCAACAAUCAUUUUGGGCAAGAUAUUCGACGUAUUAUCUGAGUUAUCUAUGGGGAAUUUUGACUCAAUGUCAAAGUAUUUACGUGAAGCGGCCUUAAAUACAUCUGCAUUAUUAAUUCUUGGUGCUGGCAAUUUGAUUCUUUGUUGGCUUAUGUUUUAUGUUUGGUUGAAACUCGGAGAACAUCAAGCAGCAGCAGCGCGAAGACUUGUUUUGCAAACAUAUUUUCGCAAACCUUUUUCCUGGUACGAUACCAAUUCAAAAGUCACUGGUGAUUUAAAUCAAAUCAAUAGAUGUAUUGAAGAAUUUAGAGCUGGUUCAUCAGAAGCCUUGGCCUUCACUUUACAAUCCACCACCACCUUAGUGGCGAGUAUUUGUGUCUCUUUUUAUUAUUCUUAUCUUCUAACACUAGUCAUUUUGGUAUCUUUCCCAGUGAUUCUUUGCUUGACUGCGGUAUUCAGUAUGAUGAUUCAUAAAAGCCAAAUCGAAGAAAAUGCGGAGAUUGCCAUUGCUUCGGAUAUCUUUGAUUGGAUAUUGAGUGCUAACAAGUUGAUCAAACACUCUAUGACUCAACAGGUAGAACUUAACAAGUUUGAAAACUCCAUCGCUAAAUCAGCAAAACAUUAUAAUAGGACCAAUUUUUUAUCGUCUUUACAAUCAGGGGCUUUGAAGAUUCUUGUGUUGAUGAUCUUCAUCCAGGCAUUCUGGUUUGGCAGUCAUGAGGUCAAAAGGGGGAAAUUAGAAUCAGGCUCCGUAUUAAUUUGUCUAACCGCUUGUUUAGUAUUCUCUGAGACCUUCUCAAGUCUAACCCAUCACUUCAUUUUCUUAUCCAAGGCGCUGGUGUCUGCCAGGAAGAUAUUAGAAUUCAUUGAUCAUGAUCAUGAAAAUCAUGAUGGAAGUUGUAAUGAUCCUUUAAUCAAUAUCAAUGGUAAUAUCAUAUUUGAAAAUGUUACAUUUGCCUAUCCUUCAAGGCCUGAUUUCCCGGUAUUAAAAAACAUCACUUUGGAUUUUCAACCAAAUCAAUUCACUUACGUUAUUGGCAAAUCAGGUUCUGGAAAAUCUACUCUUGGUGGGCUUUUGUUGAAACUUUAUGAUAUUGGUGAUAAUGGAGAUAUCAAAAUUGAUGGGUUCAGCAUAAAGUCAUUAAGUAAAAAUUGGUUAGCAAACAAUAUUACUUAUGUUCAACAAGAUCUGAUGCUAUUCCAUACGACGAUCAAAGAAAACAUUGCACUAGGGUUUAGCGACAUGGUAACUAGUAAUGAUCGAGAAGAUUUUAUUCAAUUUGCCAUUGACAAGGCAGUGUUAAGAGAGAUGGUUUCACAACUUCCAGAAAAGGAAAACACUAUCGUGAACUCCUCAGGCUAUUCACUUAGUGGUGGUCAACAGCAACGUAUUGCCUUGGCAAGAGCUAUUGUCAGGAAUUCUCCAAUAUUAGUACUUGAUGAAUCAUUCUCAGCAUUGGAUAAGGUUACUAGAUCCAUUGCCUUAAGAAAUAUCAAAAUUUUGAGAAGUAAUCGGACUACUAUUGUGAUCACCCACAAUCUUGAUGAUAUUGAAGAUGAUGAUUUCCUGUACGUCUUGGAAGAUGGGUCACUUUUGGAAAUGGGUAAAAAGCAUCAAUUGGUACAAAAUCCUCAGAGUUUAUUUUGGAAGACUAAUUGUGAUCCAUUUGAUGAUGAAAAUCAAAUAAAAGAUUCUUAUGCAGGGACUGAGAAGUUCAAUAAUGUGAAUAAGCCAUUGCUCAAAUUUUAUGAUGAUCAAAAACAUCAGUCGCAAUUUUCAUUAAUGUCCACUACAAAGUCCCAAGAUGACCUUCAUUUAUUGAACUUGGAUAUUGGGCACUAUGAUUAUCAUCGUCAAGUCAGAUCAGGAAAAGAAGAGAUGUCCAAUGAUUUUGAUGACGAGAAACUACCACCAAAUAAGAAGAAAUCGUUUUUCCGCAAGACAAACGAGAUCAACGAUAUCGAAAAACAAGAUCCCUUGGAUGACAGUGAUUCGGAAAUCGAAAUUCAAGAACAGCCAGAAAAAGUUAAAGGGAUUAUUGAAAUAUUGACUUUUAUGAAAUCAACUUUUGAAGGACAUUUUAUCCUAUGUAUUGGUCUUUUUGUAUCCUGUAUCAAUGGAUGUUUAACGCCAUUGUUUUCUUACUUCAUUGCGAAGGUUGUGGAUGGAAUUAUACCUCAUGAUAAUGUGGGUACUGAAUCUUAUAAUAUAAAAUGGUCUAUGGUUGUGGUUGGGGUUAUAGUGGCUGAUGGGUUUACCACUUUUGGAAAAUCUGCCACUCUUGGAUACGUUAGCGAAUUUUGGAUCUCUUCAUUACGGAAAUCUAUCUGUGAGAAAUUGUUGUACCAAGACUCCCUGUGGUUCGAUAAGUAUAGCUCCCAACAUGCGGAAAUAACCGCGUUACUAUUGAAUGAUACCAGGGAUUUGAGAUUCUUAGUUUCCGAAUUCAUGUCAUUAAUUUGUUCGAUAGUGGUGAUGAUGUUUUUGGGAUUGAUUUGGGCUAUUGUUGUUGGUUGGAAAGUUUCAUUAGUAGGAAUGGGUCUAGGAGUUUUAUUUGCAGUAUUGACAAUGUUGUACUCUGGAGUUUUGCAAACCAGGGAAAAUGAAUACAAGUCUGCAGUUUCCAAAGUUGAAAAUAUCAACUAUGAAGCCAUUAGUGGUAUAAAGACCAUUCGUUGCUUGAAUCUUGAACAAUAUUUCCUUGGUAAAUUCAAUGACGAGAUAAAAAUAGUGGAAGAAAAAGGUGACAAAAGAGCGGUGUCUACAGGGGUUGGGAUUGCCUUAGGGACAUUUUUAUCGUAUGCUGCCCAAAUGAUUUUGUUGUAUUAUGGUUUAAAAUUGGUGGGCGAAGGAACAUAUUCCACCGAACAGUUAAUGACGGUUUAUAGUUUAUUGAUUUUCACCAUCAUGUCCAUGGUUCAAUCUAUUUCUCAAUUAUCAGAUAUCAGUCGUGGACAGCGAGCCGGUACUUAUGUGAUGAAAUUGGCUGUUUUGGAACGAUCAUUAUUAGAAAGUCCUGGAGGUAAACAAUUUAACCAAGACAAGGGUUUUAAUAGGAAAUUUAUUGAGUCUAAAGAUCUUAGUUUCCAAUAUGAUGAUGAGUCUCAUGCUGUGCUUAACGGUGUCAAUUUUGCCAUCGACCAAGGUGAAGUAAUUGGUCUUGUGGGUGAAUCUGGGUCCGGUAAGUCCACAAUUGCCGCAUUGAUGGCUCGGCUUUAUCCUGUUUCCGAUAAUUCUCUUUUCAUAAAUGGCGAGGAUAUCAAAAACAUUGAUGUGGGAAGUCUUCGAAGAUGUAUGGCAAUAGUUCUGCAAAAAGCGGUGUUCUUCAAAGGUUCAAUCAAGGAUAAUUUGACGUAUGGUUUGUGUGAGUUCAAAGAUUACACUGAUGAAGACUUGCAUAAAUAUUUAGACAUGGUGGACAUGUAUGAUUUUGUCGUUAGUUUACCCAAUGGUAUGGACACCAUUGUGGGAGGCCAAGCUUCUAAUAGUCUUUUGUCAGGGGGCCAGGCUCAAAGACUCUCUAUAUCUCGGGCAAUGUUGAGAAAGCCAAAGAUUUUGAUCAUGGAUGAAUGUACUUCAGCAUUGGAUCCUGAAAGUUCCCGCAAGAUUUGUGAUUUCAUCACCAACAAUUUGGUGAAUAAUAAUCACAAUGGUAAGAUAACCACGAUUCUCAUCACUCAUUCACAAGAAGUUAUGGAUGUCUGUACUAGAAUUAUAACGUUGGAUCAGGGUACCAUCGUCUCAAAAUAA